CGUUCAGUUAUCGUACGCCCGCCGCCGGUUCAAUUAUCUGUCCCGUCGUCCCGCGUACAACCACCGCUGAAGUAACCAUCAGAACAGUAUAAUAAUUAUUGGUCUGUCGGUAUAAAAAAAAAAAAAAAUUCGUCACGUUAAAUUUCUUUUUUUCCAAUUUCGAGUCGCAUACCUGAGACAACGAUAUCCUUCCGAGUGCAAUAAUAUUAUUAUACAGAUCUCGUCGACAUAUUCAUCAUCGUCAGUCGUCACCGCUACCACUGGUAACUGAACACGACGAGUUCGGUCACCGCGACGAGUAACACAUUCCGAUUCCGUACCCCGGAAACAUAUGCACAGAAGAUUGUGCAUACGCGCAGCCCAAGAUAGUAGAAAUGACAGACAGCAUGACUCGGAACUUCAAUAAUUACCCUUCUACGGCAAAACCAGAACAACACGUCUCCAAACAACAAAUGGCAGCAGCCGACUGUUAUGACAACCAAGGGAUGCUGAGAUCUGAGUUGGACAUCAACGGAAAACCCGUCAACGGAAACACUUGCAUUAACAUGGACAGCCUCAACAACAGGUGUGUUGGCAUCAACAUAAAGGGUGACACCGCCACGCAGCUGAACGAAAAACAAAACUUUUACAACCCGUACCAACACCGCGACGUAAAACACCCCACAACAUAUUUCGACACCCUGAUACAUCUCCUAAAGGCCAGCCUGGGCACAGGAAUUUUGGCCAUGCCCAGCGCGUUCAAAAACGCCGGUUACGUGGUGGGCACGUUGGGUACGAUCAUCAUCGGAAUACUGUGUACAUUCACGAUACAUCUGCUGGUAACCGCGUCGCACGAGCUGUGCAUCAGGAGAAAAGUGCCCAGCCUCACGUACCCGGGUACCGUGGCGGCGGCUUUCGAAGAGGGCCCCAAGUUCACCAGAAUAUUGGCUCCUUACGCCAGGAUGAUGACAAACAUGUUCCUAGUCCUGUACCAAAUCGGUUCCAGUUGUGUAUACGUGGUGUUUAUAGCUAGCAAUCUCAAAGUGGUCGGCGACGCCUACCUCGGCGGCAACACGGACGUGCGGAUGUACAUGGUGUACAUAUUGAUCCCGCUGAUAUUGAUAUCGUGGGUAAGGAAUCUAAAACUCCUGGCGCCGUUCUCUUCGAUCGCCACUUGCCUGACCGUCGUGAGUUUUACAUUGAUUUUCUACUACAUUUUCCGGGAAGCUCCGUCGUUUACCGACCGCGAACCAGUGGGCACCGUCAAAAGCAUACCGCUGUUCUUCGGCACAGUGCUCUUCGCCAUGGAAGCCAUCGGCAUGGUCUUGCCGCUUGAAAACGAAAUGAAGAACCCCAAGAAAUUUGGCAGUGUGUUUGGCGUGCUAAACGCAUCCAUGCUUCCCAUCUCCACCCUGUACUUAAUCGUCGGAUUACUCGGCUAUCUGAAGUACGGCGAUAAGACCACCGGUAGCAUCACACUCGACAUGCCCCAGACCGAAGUCCUCUCUCAAGUCGUGAAACUCCUUCUGUCGGCUUCCAUAUACAUUACCUACGCUCUGUCCAACUACGUGGCGUUCGACAUCGUCUGGAAGGGAAUGGAACAAAAGAUGGAAAAGAACGAGCACAGGAUCUGCUGGGAGUAUGCACUUCGCACGUCUAUAGUGAUCGUUACAUUUUUUUUUGCCAUCGCCAUACCGAACCUGGAGCACUUGAUCUCGCUGAUCGGCGCGUUCUGUUUGUCUUCCGUGGGCAUCGCGUUACCGGCCAUCGUCAGCUUCCUGACGUUCUCCGACGUCUAUAAGAACGAAGGAAACAUUCAGUACGGUCUGUUCUGCCUGCGCAACCUGCUCAUUAUCCUCAUCGCCAUAUUCGCGUUCGUGAUCGGCGUGUCCACGAGCGUGUCCGACAUCAUACAUCACAUGACGUGAUUUCCUCCGUUUCAAUCAGCGUGAAGUUCGUUUCAGUGACGGGUUUUAUGGUCGACCCACACCGAAAACAGACUAUACGACAACUGCAACAACAACAACAAAAAAACAAACAACAACGAUGGCGGCGACCGUUGGUUGUCGUGCGUCGGGUAGUUAAAACUUUUUUUUUCCACCUCACUCACGAGUAUAACGACCAAUAUUAUAUUAUUACAUCAAUAUUACGCGUUUACUUCGGUGAACUCUUAAACCGUGUAACGACUAAGACAACUCAAAUCCAGUAUUCUAUAUCACAUCAUUGAACUACAAUAGUUUGCGUUAUUGGUUUAGAAUUUUGUCAUUGGAUAAUGCCAACUCAGUAUUUUUAUUGUGGUUUUAAAAUGAUCAUAUUUGGUUUUAUUAAUAUUGUAAACUCUUGUUAAUGUAAUCCAACAUUUAAAAUCAAAAUAAUAAUAAUACCAACAUAGGUGUUUAGUUUACCAAUCGGUCCGAGUGCGGCACGGGCUGGUUUUCAGAUUAUAUUAUAAAAUCAUAUAUAUUAGUGUAAAUCAAAAUUAUAUUAAUUCAUGUACGAUUCACAGUGCGUUUUGCAAAAACAAUGGUUCUUAUUGACUUUGAAGCAACCCCCAGAAAAAAUAUAAAGAAAAAUAUUCAUUGUUUUUUUCUAUUUUUGAUGUUAAAUAUUGAACUAUUACUCUGUAUAAUAUUAUGAGUAGAGUGCAAACAAGUUUAUUUGAUUUCAAGCUCAUGGCCAUUAUUUUUUUUUUUUUAAAUUAAGAUCAAAUAACAGGACAUAAAAUAUUAAGAUUAAAUAUUAGUUUAUUUUUGAAUUCUUGCCUUUACGAAUCAAAACCUCAGCCGUUUUAACAUUCCUUCGCUGAAUACAUUUUUCAAUAAUAUUUUGUAUAUGUAACAUACGGUGUAGAUGAACCAUUUGGAAUUGUAUUGCUCAAUAAAUACUAUAUUUAUUUUACUAUUUAUACUAUUAUAAAUUGUAUCAAUAGAAGUAAAUUGGUUAGUAAAAUAAAAAUAAUUGUUGUUGAGAUAGAUCUCUAGUAUAAUUAUUUUUUUGUUUUUUUGUUUUUUUUUUUUUACCUUUGGAGAUACUUAAAUCGAAUUAACCUUAUGAAAUUAUUAUUGUGAUACGAGUUCGUUAUAUUUUUAUUUUGAAAAAUAACAUUAAUGGCUAUUAUUAUAGGUUAUAAUUAAUUGAUUCUUUUUUUUUUAAGUAUAUAUAUUAUAUACUUAUAUACAUUUAAGAUAAUAUAUAUUUUUUAAUAAAUUAGAUUUUUAUAAUGUAUUUUAGACUGAAAUAAUUUACAAAGCGGGUUUUUCGCUAAUUCUUAUAUGUAAAAAUAUUAUUAUUAUUAUUAUUAUCAUA